ACAUUGUUUUUCGAUGAGAAAUACGUGCGACGAUUUGCGAAUUACAAAUUCUGCAAAAAAAUCUAGUUUGUCCGCUGAUUUCGCCAACAAUUUUGUCAAAAAAAUUCCAAUAAAAAUCAGUGUGAAUUCUUAUAUUUUAUACUGUUCAUAUUCUUCUUAAAAAAAAAAACACAAAUUAACUUUGUUAUUUCGUAGGUGCAUUUUUUUCCAUAACUAUUUCAUCAUUCCAAGAAAUGAUGUCAUUUUUGCGCUUUUGUAGUAAACACGCAGCACAAAGCAGUUAGUUAUGAAGAUAAACUUGAACUUGGGAAAGAACGAUUUUUAGUGGCAUUACGAAAUAAUCUCAAAUGCCAUACAUCAUAAUUCGGGGUAACUUAGCUUCAUACAGUCAUAAGUACCCCUGGCGUGUUCUUGUCUCUGGAUUGAAAGCGGAUGAGAUUGAGCAAUUGAAUCAAUUUUCUUGUGGUGGCUACAGUGAUGAGUCAACAAUAGUCUAUCUGGUUCAUCCGUGUCGUGUUUUAUCAGCACUUGAGAUUCUUGGAUUCCGUGUGGUUGCUUCUUCAUCAACCUCAGUUAAGCAAGACUAUAAUGAGUACAUGUGGACUAUGCGAAAAGAAUUCCAUGAACCAGAACCAAUAGAAACGUCAGACACAUCAGUUGUAAGAGAGAAUCUUUCCAACAUCGACAGAGAAGCCGGUGUUUUUGGAAACUAUCAUAAAGUUGAUUCACCUGAAUAAAUUACAACAAAAAAACAAAA